AUGCGAAAAAAUUCAAUAACAACUGGAGUUGUUUCACUUGUUAAAACUUCUUUGCCCUUUUCUUUAUCAAGUGGAGGAGAGUCAACAUCUAUAAUAACUGGAGUUUCUUUGUUAUUGUUGUUGGUGGAGACACUACUUUCAGGUUCAGUAGUUUGUAAAGUAUUCUGUCUUUACUUAGUUGUUGCUCUAGAGUGUUAG